AUGACACGUACUAGUGGAGUUUUUUGGAAUACAGUUGGUGUUACCUAUGCAGGAACUGGCGUGCAAGGUUCUGCUUUGAAUCAAUUAUCUACGCCAACCGGUAUAUUUAUAGAUUCAAGCGAUAUUCUAUAUAUAAAUGAUGGUGGCAAUUAUCGUUCACUGAAAUAUUUGCCUGGUAGCACGAGUGGUAUUCUUGUAGCAGGAACAGGUGUGAGUGGGUCUGCAUUGAAUCAACUUGGCUUAUCAACACGUUUUAAUUAUGUCGAUUCAAAUCAAAAUAUUUACAUUAGUGACGGAAGCAAUAGUCGGAUUGUGCGUUGGGCAAAUGGUGCAUCCACCGGAGUGAAAGUAGCGGGCGCUGGUACUUCUGGAACCUCACUAAAUCAAACAAGAACUCCAUACGGUGUAUGGGUAGAUUCUAGUUCAAACGUAUUUGUUUCGGAAUAUACCAAUCAUCGCGUAACAAGAUGGAGUCCAGGUGGAACAGUAGGAGUUAUUGUCGCUGGUGGAAAUGGACAAGUUCCAUUUUUAUUGGUAGGUGCAACAUCAGAUAGAUUAUCAGCGCCCUCUGGUAUGUUUUAUGAUGAAACAAUGCAAGAUCUAUAUAUUGUGAAUGCUAUUUCAAACAUAGUGGUGAAAUGGCGUGUUGGUGCUUCGAAUGGCACUGUUCUGGCUGGUGUUGCUGGAAGUUCUGGAUCAUCAUCCACUUAUUUAGAUUUUCCAGUAGAUUUAACAUUAGAUCAAUGGAAUAACAUAUAUGUUGCCGAUCGUCAAAAUUUACGAAUUCAACUUUUUUGCAAUGGCAGUCUGACAGGCAUUACGAUUGCUGGAUUGGGUACUAGUGGUACCAGUCUCGUUGUUCCAUAUAGUGUGGCAUUAGAUUCAAAAUUAAAUUUGUAUGUCUCUGACAAUGGUGCUGCGCGUAUUAUUAAAUUUUCUAAAUUAUAA